AUGGAAGAAAAUGUGCCGAAAUUUGCUUUGGGCGAUCAUGUCUUUGCGAUGCAAAGCAUCAGCCAUUUACAUCACGGUAAGAAUAUAUGAUUUUACAUUAUAAUGUCACAAACACUCAAAUUUCAUGUUUUCUAUAAUGGAAAAUUCUCAUUUUCAUGGAGUUUUUUGCACAAUGUCAAUGGCACUAUUCUGAAUUCUGCAUGCAAUAUGCAAUUGUCUGAAUAUGAUGUGUCAAGAGCUUGUGCUCUACCGAACACCGCAGCUUGUUUUAUACUGGCUAAUAAGAGAAGGCAUUGAACCGUUUGGCUCUACUUAGUCAAUAGCACAUUAGCUCUUGUAAUAGCACCUGGAGCGAUAAACGAAUGCUCUUGUUUCGGAUCUAUGUGAAGAAACAUUUGGCCACUAUCUAUUAUAAAUAAAGGUAGUUUAAAUUUUCUCCUUUCGUAAAACAGGAAUAAACUUAUAAAGCCGUUACGAAGAUAUCUGUACUUUUAAAGCUAUCAAAUCAUUAAAAUAUUUAGAUAAUUACAUAUUUAUCUGUGACCAGACUGUGUUCAUUCUUAGGUAUUGUAGACGGGGAAAACACAGUCACUCAUUUUACAAGUCAUUUGGAUGGUAACUGCGACAGCAAUGGUCUUGUACAGCAGAUACCCGUUGGAGACUUCAUUAAAGAUUACCCUUUUGGCGUGUACAAAUAUGGCGUCUCGGACGACGCGGAUAACCUCCAGUGGCCUGGGACCUAUUGUGCGCAGGAAUGCGAAAGCGAGGACAAAGUCCUGGAACGAGCAUCGGAAUGUCUGACAAGCGGUUUUGGAGAGUACCAAAUUUUGGGCAACAAUUGUGAAGAUUUUGCGUACUACUGCAAAACUGGUCAGCGACAGCAGUCUAACGCUCAGCUCCAGGCCACCAUGACGCGAGUCGCGGCCACAAGAAGCGCUCUGGAAGCAGGGCAUAAAAGUCCGGUGGUCUUGGCUGGCUGUCUCUUCGGCGUGUUCAGCGCCAAUGAUUUUGGGAAAACGACGGACAAAGAAUCGUCGCAUAAAGAGAAAAAUAACCCAGAGUAGCACAUAUCUGAAUAUGUUGUGCAUAUUGAAAUAAUAAC